UGUAUAAGACAUUUUAUAUUUUUCUGUUUUAUAAAGGGCUAACAACAAUGUUGUCAGCAGCAAGAGAGUUUUCCUUUGUCAAAAGUGUAAGAACUGCAAACUUUAAAACUUAAAGUGUCAAAUGUAAAGGAUGGGCUAAAUCAAGAUCUUUAAAAUUCAAGCUUUUAGAUCCUGAAUAAUAAUAUGUUUUGUUUCCUUAAUUGUUAAAGCGAAGGUCAGCUGGCUAUAAAAUCCUGUCAGUUAACACAGUGCAAUACCAUAUCAUUAUAAUGCUUCACAUGCAUGAAACAGUCCUAUUAAUUUUGCAUUUUGGUAUACUUGGAGGGUAACUGUAAACUGUAAAAUAAAGAUGGUCAUAGCAUGCAUUUUGAAAGCCACAUUCAUUUUAUUAUAAUUGCUUCAUUUUUGCCUGUUUAGCUGGAAGUUACCAUAUUUGAGAAUGUAGGUUAAGUCAUCAGCUAACACUAGUAACUGUGGUUAGCAAGCUGCAUUGAUAAACUGUACAGAUGCAGUGCCUGAAUACACACAUCUGCUACUUACUGCAAAGAUACAGACUAACUCUGGUAUCCAGAUGGAUGAGAUCUGAAAACACUCAGAGUUGCAAGGCGGCACUUGAGGCACAAAACACUAUUUUAUAUACUGUUAACUACCAUGUUAUAAAAGGAGAACAAGAGAAGACCAUCAGCUUGUCCCUAUGUUGACCUCAUCCCAGUAUCAUUCUCCAACUUGCAAUGAAAAACACAGACCAGUUCAGUUAAGUUUUGGCUGCUUAUUCAUGUGUGCUGAGUUCAGCAGGUUUAGUAGCUGCAAGGCUGACAUGCUUGAAGAGUUCUAUUAAAAUGAUAGCACAAAAGAAAUACUGUUUAUGACUGCUGCUGUGAUUUUGUGUUAUAUAAAUAAAAUUGGGAGCGACCACCAGAGAAACUGCACUCGUUGGUAUUAUAAUUGGUUUGAAUUUUUAGCUGCAGAGGUUGCUGCUUAGUGCAAAAAAGUGUCUUUAAUGUGUGUAAAAUUUUUCUAUACAUCAUACAGAUGUUGGCACUUGCAGUAGGCAAAGAUUGGUCCACUCAUCUAACAGGAGAGUGGGAACAGAUAAAUAUGCAUAUGCUAUAAGUAAAGUAUGAUUUUGAGAAACAGAAACCCUUAAACCACAUGGAAUAACAUUCAAAGAUAAAUGAGAAAGAGAGAGUCCUCCUCAGUAUGUCCUUUAUAAAUACAGGUAUGUCUCUCCAUCCGUUACUGUUACAUCAUGUAGAGCUAUCACAGUAACAAUCGUAAUCAUAGUCAUAAUAAAAUAUAUAUUUAUAAAUGGCAUACUAAAGCGGGGCAAUGUCUAUAAAUGAUAAAUUAAGUACUCUAUAAUACCUUACCAAUACUUUAAUAAUGCUUAAUAGUGUGAAAUUAUUAAAAAGUGCUACCAAAUAUAAAAAAAUAUACCUUCUGCUUUACAGAAAGUGCACAUAAGAAUAAUAUUUUAUCAGUCAUUUAUCACAAGAGUAGAACAUGCACUUUCUUCAGACAUAGAUUAGAUCGCAGGGCUGCAGAUCUCACUGUGACCGUUCUUCUGUAGCAUCCACGCCGGUGUGUAGCUCCUCCUGACACAAAGCAGCUUUAAACCGCGGUCGGGGUGGAGCCAGUCGGUUGUCAUAGCGACCGUGAAACAUCAAGCCCGUUCAGAGUUCACAGAGCUGAGGUUUAUUCUUCAUCACAAGAAAAGAAAUGGAAUCAGCCCAUAACGCAAAGACAUCCAGGGAUGAGACACCUACUUUGGAACUUACUGGUAUGAUGCAGCUCCCAGGAAACACCAACUGCUUGACUUGCUCAGACGACGGCAGGUAUCUCUGUCUGGGCCACUCCGGGGGCUUGUCUGUGUGGUGUGCGUCAUCUCUGAAUCGUGUUGCAGGGUGGCUGCAGGACAGGCUGGAAAUGACAUCUAUCCAGAUGACCAGUAUGUCUAAGACCAUGUAUCUGCUUGGCACUGUUGAUGAUAUGGGUGUUGCGAGAGUCUUUGGUCAUCAUUCAGACUCGAUAUACCUCCUCUGCGUUACUAACAUUAUGGAAGAUAUCAACAAAAGGAGCAUUUGUUUGUCAUUUGAACUGUUUGAAGGGGGAAAUUAUGGAGCUGCAUCACUCAGUUGCGGCGGAGCUGUUUGGCUCGAGGUCUACCAGUUUCCUUCAGCAGCAUGGCUGAAAGAGUUGGAGAAUGCACAGAACCCAAACUCAUCUGAAUGGUCACCAGUUACCGUAAUGAUUCAAAUCAGGCCACCAAAAAUCCCAACAGAGAAGGCACUCAGUAGUCCACCUGAGAAGUCGCAGCCAACAGACUUUCUGAUGCACUGUUUGGCUCUGGACAUAAUCAGGAGCAGCAGCCAUCGUUUGGAGAAGCCGCCCUUCAGUACAGAUGAAGGAAAAAGAAAGGAAAUGAAUGAAAGCCCAAGACAUUGCACGUGGCACUUUCUUCUGCCCUGUGGUCCUGGUGACAGCAAAGCAGAGUUUCAGCCAGGAUUACUUGUCGCUGUUGCUGUGUGGUGGAGUGGCAGCUGUAAUCUUCUUCAGUAUUUCCUAAAAAAAACACCAAAGAGCAGCCCAAAUGUGGACCCGAUGCCAGAUGUAUUGUGGCCAAACGCAAUGGAAAUCCUCUGCUCAGCUGUUAGUAAAUGCAACCGUUACAUCGCUCUUGGGCUCAGUGAUGCCUUGGUGUGUGUCUGGGACAGGCGAUCCGGGGCUCCAUUGUCUCUCGUUUUAAUGCCAGAAGCAAACAGCGCCUUAUUCAGGGUACAGUUUGUGGAUUGCUGCCCUGUGACUGAUGAUGACUUCCAGAUUUUUACUGCUGAAAAAGUCCAUCUUUUGAUAUUGUGUAAAAGUGGAGCAAUUCAAACCGUCACAACUGGACGGGGGACAAAACCCAGCACAAAGCAGCUCUCUGAAAGGCCAAAGGACAGCAAGGACCUCCCAACUGUCACUGCGUCAGCACAGUUCCUGCAGGGAUUGUCACUUGUAAUGCAAAGGAGUGGAAAAAUGUCCAUCCAAGAUGUCAUCAACAACACCACUGUGUGCUUCCUGACUCCUCCCACAACUCAUCUCAUUACGACUCCCCACAGUCCAAUUUAUGCGCUGAACUCCAAACAGCAGAGUCUGUUCAUACGAGGUGACCAGGACACCAGCUGCAGUGUUACAUCUGAAGAAAGGAGCCAGAGCCAGCUUUUCGUCUUCCGUUUUGCAGAGUCUGACAUCUUUAAGCAGCACGUUGUUUCAUAUCCUGAGUCCACACAACAGCAGCAAACUCUGAGCUACGACACCUUAAAGGAAACCUGCAAUCUCUACCUUCAGAAAAGAGCACAGUCUGUGGAGGAAAGGAACAAAACUCUGACACAGACAUGGGAGCAGCUGCAGGAAAAUCCAAUGAAGAAUUGCAGCAAAUGAUAAAGAUACUAAUAAAGUGAUUCCCACCAUCUGUAAAGCACUACUCACCCAGACACAAAGUGGAGGAUCCUAUUAAAUAUUAUUUCUUUAAUUGAUAAAAUUAGCAAAUAUAAAUAUAGAACUGCUGAAAUUGUCUUAAGAUAUUGUCCUUGUUUUCUGUUAUUUAAAUGUUUUUGAUGCAUUUGAAUUGUAAACUGAAAUUGUUUUAUUAAAACAUCAAUAAUUUUGAGAAUCUGUUUCCUGGUGUAUGGGCACACACAAAGACUGCAUGUAAAAGAUGAGUAGCUUCCAGAUUUGAAAUGUGAAGCCAAAGGGGAACUCAUUUAAACCUGUAUUUUUCUAAUUGCCAGCAGGGGGCGACUCCUUUAGUUGCUUUUGUAAGUACCUGCAGGAAACUGAACUUUUGUUCUUUUGGUCUAUGACCAAUGUUCCCUCUAAUUUUUCACGUGUCUGAGCG